AUGGAACUGACGAUGAUCAUCAAUGCUGCCAGCAAACUCCGCAUCAGUGAUGAAGAGCUUUAUCACCGAUUCGUCACGCACAUUCAAUCUAGAAUGGGCAAAGAAGCCUUCCAUGUACGAGAUAUUUCAGUCAUUGUCACAGCUUUGGCCAGAGUGAAUUGUGUGGAUGCCAAUACCAUGAGUCGCUUUGCGGACUGUGCUGUUCAGACCCUGCCACAGGCGACACCAUUGGAACUAGCCAGACUGAUGUACGCCUGCAUGAGUGUGUCGUGCCAUGCCCACGACUUGUUCACUGCAUGCGUUUUGCAGAACCGUGAGCAGGCAUCUUCAAUGGAUCCCACAGGGCUCUCCAACGCCGCUUAUGCUUUUGGCCAAUGCUUUGAGGUCGCAGAGGUAUCGCACUUGCGAUACUUGCAGAAGAUUUUCCGUCACAUACGGCUUGCUUCAAUUGCAAGUUUGCCACUUUUCCUACCGCGGGAGAUUGUCGGGCUUUUGAAGACCUACGCCCGCUGGCAAAUCACCUUUGACUGUGGUCAGUUGUGCAAGGUGGCUGAGCGAAUGCUUGCCACCAAGAAACAUUUUGACCUGGACACCACUGUGAAUGGUUUGCACUGCCUUGCACUUCUAAUGCAGCGAAAUGCUAUACGGAGUGGAGCAGAGACAACUGGUUCAAGCAAAGCAGCCUGGGAGGCAGUUGCACGUGCUGCAGGAACCCUUCUGAUACCAGAGCUUUCUAGCUUGCAAGCAUGGAUGCUUGAACAGGGGGCACCUUCAAGUGGUAUUCGCUUCGUGGAUUUGCCAGGAUUCAAAUACAGCUUGGUGGCUGAAACCGACUUGAAAGCUGGGGACACCCUUCUGAGAGUGCCUUCAUCUUUGCACAUUUCUCCAUCCUAUGUGCGCAGCACAGAGCUUGGCAAGACUUUCUCAUCCAUUGACGACAGUGCUUUGCUGGCUCUUGGGCUCAUGGCGGAAGCGGCCAAGGGAGAGGAAGGCAAAUGGUGGCCAUACAUCAGGAUGUUGCCUUCAUCAGACGAGCUGCACAUCCCUUUGCUUUGGCCAGAAGAUGAACGAAAGCAACUGCUGAAGGGAAGUCCGCUGGACGUGGCCACUGAGCAGCAGCUGUUGCAGCUCACUGAGCAAUGGAAUGACAUAGCUGCUGUGAUCAAAGAACUGGGCCUCGAUUCACAAAGCUGGACCAAGGAGAAGUGGCUGUGGGCCCAUGCUAUCGUUUUGACUCGCGCACUACCUUUCGGCAAUGAGUUGUCGCUUAUUCCUGGCUUGGACCUGGCAAACCACGAGCUCGGUUCCAAGAACACCUGCAGCAUCGGCGUUGCAGCGGCUGAUGGGCAAGUGGUCGAGGCUACAGAUGCCAAGUAA